AUUUGCUAAGUAACUAUUUGUCAAGAUGUGCCCUUUGUUUUUCUCCUUUUUACACCCCAUUUUCUCCAACACAAUAAUGGUGACAAAACCCAGGAAUCUUGUACCCUUUAAUUCCUAAAAACACCCAUGUUUUUAAGACCUUUAAGAAUUGGGACUAACCCUUAAAGAAAAAGAGAGUAAAAAGAAAAAAAACCCAGGUGGGGAAUCAAAAAUUCAUCAAAAUCAUCGUUAUCAAUUCAAUAUUCCACUCAAAAAUAGAGUCUCCGUAACCAUAAUCAGAAAGUAUGGAAUGAAAAGAAAGGAGCAAGUUGGGGUUUAUAAAGUCUCAAACUUUCACUGAAUUCCAGGACAAACCAUCAUAUUCUUUUCCACUCAAUCAGUCAUUUCUGUUAUGUUCUUGUUUAACUAAUUUUUGCAGUCUUACACAUGUUAAAGUUCAUACUAUUCUCAUUCUUUUGGUAUUCCUUGUCAGAUGAAGAUACCCUUUUAGUUUUAAGUACCCUCAUGAAACUUCCUACUUCCUAAUACAUCUCUAAUUAGAGCGUCUUACAACAGGGUAGUUCUUCUUUUUCAACUGAGGGGUAGGAAGGGAUUAGCAUAAUGAUGGAAGAAAAGGGUUGUGUUUUUGUUUCAGAAACAAGAGAUGAUAGUUUAUGUGCAAUAUACUUUGGUAUAUCUUGUGCCUUUUUUGCCCUAAAAAAUUUGUCAAACCAAGUUUGGGAUAACCAAAAAUGUUUAGAAACAAGGGAUAAAAUGCUUCAAGGGGGUGCCCAUCUCUUAGGACUAUUAGUAUGGAGGAGUAUACAAAGGGAAGAAUCAAUGAGAAUCGAAAAACAUGAGCUUAUUCAUAAGCUCGAGUUAGCUGAAAACGAAAUUAUGGAGUUAAAAAGAGUAAGAAGCGAAGAUGCUAAAGCGAAUGAGAAAGUUGCGAGUAUCUAUGCCGCGCAAGAGCAAAGUUGGUUUGUCGAAAGAAGGAAACUUAGGCAUCAAGUCGCGAGUCUAUUGAAUGACUUAAGGAUUCUCGAUAAAAGAAAGAAUGAAGAGAUUUCGGAAUUGAAUAGGAAACUCGGAGAAAUGGAAGUUUUGUUUAAGUCUAAGGAAAAAGUUUUGGAGGAGGAAACGAGGAAAAGAAAAGAAUACGAAGAGAAAGUGAAGUCGAUUGAAGGGGUUUUAGAGGAAUUGAGGGAGACUAAUAAGCGCGAAUCUAAGAAUCAUUCGUGUCAAAUGUUGAAGCAUAAGACAGCUUUCAUUGAGCUUGUGUCUAAUCAAAGGCAGGUAGAAGCUGAGUUGGGGCGAACUCUAAGGCAAGUCGAGGCUGCUAAGCAACAAAUCGAGUUUUUGUAUGAGGAAAAGGAGGAAGCAGUUUUGAUGGUGGAAGAGUUAUCGAUUGAGAUUGAGAAAAUACACGCAGAGUCAGAACAUAAGGAUAAAAUUUUGUCAGCAAUGAUGAGAAAACUUAAGUUGGAUUCACCUGAAAAACAGAUGAUCUUGAAAGAUCAGGUUAAGAUGCUAAAACCGAAAAGGAAAGUGAGUUCGAUAAGUGAAAGUCGAACUUUGAGAAAUUUGUUUCCGAGGCAAGCUAGUGAGAAUGCAAAUGGGGAAGAAUGUGAUGAUGUUAAUGGGGAUGAUUUGGACACUGAAGUUAGAAAAGAAAACCCUGAUUAUUCUUCGCUCUCUAACCAUGGAUUUCCUGCAGAAUGUGCUGAGUUUCAGGAAGAAACGCGGUUAGAUAAAUGGGUUCGGGCAGAGGCUGAGAAGUACCGCAAUGCAGUUGAGCAGCGGCAUCAAUUGGAGUUAGACGCCUUGGAAGAACAAAUAAGAAUGAAAGACGAUAAGUUAGAAGCCUCUCGUUGGCAUCAGUUAAGUGCGGAAGUAGAGUCAAAGCGGUUGCAGUCCAAAAUCGAAGGCCUAAAUCAGGAAAUGACACAACUCCGGGAGAGUAAUUUGCGAUUAGAGACCUUGUUACUAGACCGAGAUGUGGAACUCAAAACGUUGAAAGAUCAAAUAAUUGCAAUGCAAUUGAGCAAUUUGAGUUCUCAAAAGGUUAAGAAACAUUCAUCUAAGAAGGAAAUAAUGCUAGAUGAUGAUAAAGGUUGGUCUAAGUUUAAGAUCGUUAGGAAAAACCCGUCUGACAAAGAGCAAGAAACAAAUAAGUGUAUGUUAGUAGAGACUAAGAAAGACGAGGGACAUGAUUUAUCAUCAAAACAUACUUCUUCAACCUCGUUCUCCUCCAUCGAAGAUGUUGGAGAGAAAGAGGGUGAACAAAGUUUCGAAAUUACACGAAAGGAAGUAGCGUCUUCUUGGAAAGUCGACCUACAUGCCUUGGGAGUUACUUACAAGAUUAAGAGACUAAACCAACAGUUGCUAAUGCUUGAUAGAUUAACAGGACAGCAAGAAAACAGUGAGAUCAAGAGUUUUAGUCUGUUGAUUUCUUUCCUUAAAAAGCAAGUUAGUAGGUAUCAUUCGCUCCAAGAGAAAACCGAUGACCUUAGCAAGCGAAUGGGCAACAAAGAUGCGACAUCAAAACGAGGAGCGUUAGGCUCCAAGAAAACGAAGGAGGAAACAAGAAAACUCGAGCAUUUUCUCGAAGAGACAUUUCAGUUACAAAGAUUCAUAGUAGCAGCAGGACAGAAACUGAUGGAAAUACAGUCCAAAAUUGCAUCAGGAUUUGUUGCAGGAAUCACAAAUGAGCUUGAUGGGCCAGAUAGUUUCGACAUGAAACGAUUUGGGGAUACGAUUCAAUCGCUUUUAAAGGAUGUUCAAAGGGGUCUUGAAGUUAGGAUAUCGCGGAUUAUUGGAGAUCUUGAAGGUACAUUGGCUUAUGAGGGAAUUCACUUUCUGAAGUAAGAAAUUUUAGAGCUUGAAAUACAGUUUUUUCUGUUAAAAUCAUUGAGUGUAUAGUAUGUCUUUAUGUCAUUUUGAUGCUUAAGAAAAGGCAGUUUUAUGUGACCAUGUAAAUACACAACAAUCCAAAAUAAUACUAUAUGAUCUACUCCAUAAAAUAUGCUCGUUUUAUGUGUACGACCAUUGAACUGAUGUACUGGUUUAUAUAGUCAUUCUCAAUCUUUUGGGACUAACGUUUUAGGGUUGUUUUUACUUGGGUUUGUUGGUUUUCAGCACAUUCUUUUGCAGGACCAUAUUUGGAUUUAUCAGUUGGAUGAAUCAUCCAAAGUGUCUUUUCAAUUUUAAGAAAAGGAAAUAGUCUUUCGUGUUCAAGAAGGAUGAGCAAUAGAAACAUCACUUUCAAAUUGGUUCAUAAUCAUUUCUCUGUGCUUAUCAGGGGUAGUUCUGAGCAUGUGCAAGAUGUCCAACUGCAUAGGCCCAUAUAAAUUUAGGAGCCUUAAAUACUAUUGUUUAUAUGCUUUUGAUUUAGUUUAAUUAUUUGUAUUUAGGGAUGUUUUUUUGUCAGCAAUGUCAAACAGAAUUACUCCUGCAAUAUCACCUGCAUUGAUCAGCCAAAGUCAGAAGUCAAAAUUAGGCUGUAGCUGAAAUGAUAUUAUCUAACCAAUGUAAAUAAACUUUGGUUUGGCUUAAAUUUCUUUGGCAAAAUCUUUAAUGCCAUUUGUUUUGAAUUUUGACCAAUAAUUGUUUUUGAUAUAAAUUGCGGUUCAGUCACGUAUUUUAUGCGACUCUACUGCGAUUUAGUCGCGUA